AAAUUUUACAACAACAAAAAUAUCAAAUGGAGUAAAACUUGUUCUGUAAUAUAUUUUUAAUUUUAACAUACUAUUAAAUUUACCCGAAUCCAUAUUCCAUCCUAUUCCUAACAUAAGAAUAGGAUAUUUAUGAAGUACAUAAUAAGCGAGUGGGGGAACAAGUAGUUAGAAUCUUUUAUCUUCUUCAGUGUGAUGAGUAUCGUGCAUGAACCAUAAACAUGUUAGAUCCAGCACAGUCUUCUUCACCCACCAACUCUUCCAUCUCCUCCUCUGAUCUUGACACUCAGUCUACGGGAUCAUUCUUCCAUGACAGAAGCACCACAUUAGGCACUCUCAUCGGUCUCACCUUCAGAGCCCCACCUCACAACACGAACUCACCUUCCGCCGUUGAACCCUCUCGGAGGGCCGUCAAGUCAAAGAGGAACAUAAAUUCCAACGCCGCGGAUUUCGUGGUUUCCAAGCGCCGGAGGAGGUGGUGGAACUUUUGCAGUCACGGCGAUUCAAGGUCGGCUUCGCUGGGUGAGUUUCUGGAAGUUGAAAGGCGUUUCGGCGAUGCUGUUUUUUAUGAAACGGCUGCGGAGUUGGAAGGAUUGGUGGUGGAUUCACCGCAACAGAGGAGCAGCGGAAGGGCGUUGUUUGCCGACGGGAGAAUUCUUCCGCCGUCCGAUGUUGAGGAAAGAUCGUCCACGGCGGGAAGUCUUUGCGGUAGAUUUCCGGUUUCGAUUACCGGGAUCUGUAGCAGUGGUGCUGGAUGAGAUCAAGUUUGAUUUUUUAUUUUUAACAAAAUUAUACUGAAAGAUAAAAAUAACUGUAUUUUCUUUUUCAGAUUGAAAUUUGAUGUACUGUUGUUUGUUUGAUUAAAUCUAAUAAAAAAAAUUCUCACAA